AUGAAAUUUUUGUUGAUUGUAAAGCGACAUGCUAAAAUUUUAAAUUGGAAACAUGAUACUUAUUACGCAAGUUUGAUGAAUAAAUAUGUGUACUUCGAUGAGUUUAUGAGGUUUUGUAAUGACAACAAAGAAAAAUUCAGUAAAAGAGAUAUUAUAGCUUCAUUAACAUACAUUCAUCAUAUGAAAAAAGUUGAUUUAUUAUGUCCAACUUUUAACUGUUAUAAUGAUUUCAUAUUUAGUAACAUAAACAUUUUUAGAUCAAACAUAAGCACACUUGUACACAGAUACGCAAUUUUGGGGCACACAAAAUCACUUUUAUUUAUUUACGAAAAUGUUUUAAGAAACAACAUUUUAAAUUACGAUAAUAAGUCAGUUAGUAUAAUAGCUUGGAGUUAUGCGAAAAAUAAUUUUUAUUUAUCAGAUCUAUUUAUGGAAAUAAAUAAAAUAUUACGGGGAUGUAUUAAAACAAUGACUCUUCAUGAAUUAUCAUUAAUAUCUUGGGCAUAUUCUAAGAUAAAUAGAUUACCUCCUUUGGAAAUGGUGUGCGUAAAAAAUAGAGUAUACCAGUUAAUAAAUUUAUUAGAUCAAGAGUUUAAUGACAUAACACAAAACAAUACAGUAAAAGAAAAUUAUAUAGACGACGUAAAUACGAAUAUAGAGGAAAAAGUUAAUGAAUGUGAAAAUAAGAAAAUUAAUAAAAAUAAAUCUCAAAUUAAAAAUAGCAGUACAUCUUAUGUUAAUAAACAAUUCAACAAAAGGGAAAUACUGGAGUCACAAGAACAAGGUUUAGAAAAUGUUUAUGAAGAUAAUAGUGAGAAUAAAAUAGAUAUAUAUGGUUGUAGAAAGAAUCUAAGUCAAGAUAUUUGUAUGAUCAUGAAAUCAUAUGCUAUUAUGAAUAAAACUGAUCCUUUUUUUUUUUUAUUUUUAUUCAAUUUUAUUAUAAAAAAUAUUAAAAACAAUAAAAUGAUGGUAACCGCCCAAGGAAUAACAAGUAUUUGGGUAUGUUUAAGAGAAUAUGAAAUAAAAAAUAAAAAGAUAAUUGAAUACGCCUUAGAGUUAUCAAGAUUUUUAAGAUUAGAUCACACUGUAAAUAGCUCAAUGAUGCAUGAAAUUGUUACAAGUAUACAUAAAUUAAAAAUAAAUGACAGAAGAAUAUUAUAUCAUGUAUUUUAUCAUUUAAAAAGAAAAUGUAUUAAUAUGCAUGUCCAGCAUUUAUAUGAUAUUAUAAUAAACUUACAAAAGAUGAAAAUUAAUGACGAUGAUUUAUGGAAGCAGUUCGGGGUAGCAAUACAAAAAAAGGCUAUUGACUUAGAGUUAACACAAAUAAAGAAUUUACAUAAUAUUUUUACAACGAAUGGUAAAGGAAAUGAUAGAAUUAUAGGGGUUCUUGACACUUUUAUUCAAAUAAAGGAAGACAUUAAUGCAUAUGGUCCAAUUUGA